AUGGAACCGAAAGACAAGAAGCCCUCUGUGGACGGGGCAGCUGUCUCCCCCACAGCAGAUGACACGGACAAGUCCAGAGGUAGUGGCUCUGCAGAGGAAGAUGCGGGGGUGGCAGCCGGGAAGAUCCCCAAAGAGAGGCCUCUAGAGAGGAAAGAAGAGCAAGAGAAAGCACCAGAUGAAGAUGGCGUGUCCACGGAGCUCCAGGGGGAAGGAGACGGUCCAGGUGAGGUCAAGGUGGACUCCCAAGGUGAGUCUGGAAGGAAAGAGGAUGCCAAGGCUGAACCUCCGGAGAAGGAUCCUGUGAAGGACACAAAUACAGCUGCCUUCCAGGAGAUGACUGAGUGCAAAGAAGAGGCCCAAUCAGAACCCAAGGAGGCUGAGGACAAGAAGGAGGCCACUCCGGUCUCUGAGAAGCAGGAGGCUGAUGAGAAAGAGGCCAAGGCUGGACCUGCGGAAGAAGUGACUGUGAAUGACAAUGACAUGCCCAGAUCCAAAGAGCACACAGUGACCUCUGAGAAGCAGGAGGCUGAUGAGAAAGAGGCCAAGGCUGGACCUGCGGAAGAAGUGACUGUGAAUGGCACUGACAAGCCUGGAUCCAAAGAGGCUGGGGAGGAGGAGGCUGCCCUGCCCUCUGAAAAGCAGGACACCUCUGAGAAAGAGGCCAUGCGUGGACCUGCAGAGGGAGUGGCUGUGGAUGACAAGGACGAGCCUGGAUCCAAAGAGACCACUACAGCCGCUGGGGAGGAGAGCCACAAAGUGCAGGAGCCCCCAGAGGAGGCCAAGGAGAAAGCCGCGGAUGCCGAGGCUGAGGCCGAGCUGAAAUCUCAGCAGACAGCAGUCACCAGAGACCAGGCCGAGGCCGAACCUGAGGAGGCUGGCAAGGGGUGUGACGCUCACGAGGGGGUAAUGCACAGCCCCUCUACAGAGCAGGAUGUGGAGAAAAGGCCGGAGGAGGGCGCGGGGGGAGUUCCCAGCUCCCCCGAGGAGGGGCCUGAGAGCCCCACCCAGGGCCUCAGCCCAGAUGGGCUGGGUCCAGAUUCGGGAGAGACUAGCCCUUCAGCCAGUGAGUCGUCACCCAGCGAUGUGCCCCAGAGUCCCACGGAGCCCUCUCCCCCAGGGGAGAAGAAGGAGAAGGUACCGGAGCGCAGGGUGUCAGCCCCUGCCCGGCCCCGAGGCCCCCGAGCACAGAACCGCAAAGCCAUCGUGGACAAGUUUGGCGGGGCAGCCUCGGGCCCCACCGCCCUUUUCCGGAACACAAAGGCAGCCGGGGCAGCCAUCGGUGGAGUCAAGAACAUGCUGUUGGAGUGGUGCCGGGCCAUGACAAGAAACUAUGAGCACGUGGACAUCCAGAACUUCUCCUCCAGCUGGAGCAGCGGCAUGGCCUUCUGCGCCCUCAUCCACAAGUUCUUCCCAGAUGCCUUUGACUACGCAGCGCUGGACCCCGCCAAGCGACGGCACAACUUCACCCUGGCCUUCUCCACGGCAGAGAAACUGGCCGACUGUGCCCAACUGCUCGAGGUGGAUGACAUGGUGCGGCUGGCAGUGCCCGAUUCCAAGUGUGUCUACACCUACAUCCAGGAGCUGUACCGCAGCCUCGUGCAGAAGGGACUGGUGAAGACCAAGAAGAAAUGAGCUGCCAGGCCCAUGGGCAGGCUGCCCAGCUGACCAGUGGAGGCCUGGGCAGGCAGCAGAGCCUGGGCUCAGGCCCAGGCAAGGGCAGUUGGCAGAGGUCUUAACUGUAUUAAAAGGACUUUUGUACAAUCCUGGCUGGCCCCUCGUUGCUCUCUCAAUCCGGAGCCUCUGUGCUCUGGGAUGACACCCUGGCAGCCAGCAGGUCCCUUACCUGAUGAGACUGCAGCAGCUGUGCCAGGUGUUAAGAGAGGAACCACCUGCACCAACUACUUGUGUGCCCAUGGCCUACGUGUGCA